CCCUUUCAUCCAGCUAGUGAGUGAGAGAGUGCAGAAGUCUCGAGCGGGAACGGGGAUUACCUAAGAGCGCUGCAAUUUUGGGUCAGCAAGGGAUUCCAAAAUCUGUGGGGCCGCCGCCGCUUGCGGGAGCGCGGAAGACUCGGGAACUGGGCCCCGGACAGGGGCUGUGCGCUGAACGGGAACCUCUCAGAACAAAGCCUUUUGCCGCACCUCUUCCCCGCUGGCGCCUCGUUCACCUCUUUCGGCGUCUCUAACCGGCUUAGUUUUUUAGCCUUGAGAUUCUGGGAAGCCGCCGAGCACGAAAUGCUGAGCAAGACGGGCCUGGGCCCCAGAGCAAUCACCCACGCAGUCCAAGGCCUCGUAAUUCACCAAACUGCGAAGUUGGAAGAGCUCUUAGUUCAAGUCCGGACCCGUAUAUACACGUUAUUUGCUUUGGGCCUUGCCAUACGUCGGGCUCAGGCGGCCCUCAAUGGGGAAGCGUUUGCAUUACCUUGGUGCAAACCGUGGGCCUUGUAGUCUCUCUGUCCAGGCGUUCACCGGGUUUGGCUAGCGGGGGACACAGUAACACCAGGAGUGGCUAACUGGCAAAUAGUUUUAAUUAUUUGACCUAACGUUUAAGUCCUACUAGUCUAUGAAUCUGGAUCUAGAGUCUGCAGAAUGAGUCCUUCAGGCUUUCAAAUGUUGAGUUCGGGACAUAAUGGAAGAUGGGGUCUGUCUUCCUUAUUCAAUAACAAAACAAACACAGGAGGACUUAGCACCAAGGAAGAUGGAGAUGCAACGCUGGAAAAUCCUGGUUCACUCAGACUUUAGUAGGGAGACAGGCAAGUCAGAGAACUGUAGGGGAAUACUGUUAAUCUGAUGGAACAGGGAAAGCUUCUCUGGGAAAGUGGCAGUUGAGCCGAGUUGUGAAGAAAGAAGAGUAUUCCCAGCAAGGACAAAGUGCAAGGGAAGGCUAUGAUUAAGGCAAUCGCACAAUCCAUGGACCAUCCAAGGCUGGGGGGCCUACCUGCAAGAUGGAAUAAAGAAUUAAGGAAUAACACUGCUGCACAGAGUAAUGAUGCGGGUGUGCUGGUUGGUGAGACAGGACAAUCGGCACCAGCGAAUCAAACUUCCACAUUUGGAAGCAGUCAUGGUUGGGCGCAGCCCCGAGACCAAGAUCACUGACAAGAAAUGUUCUCGACAGCAAGUACAGUUGAAAGCAGAGUGUAACAAAGGAUAUGUCAAGGUAAAGCAGGUAGGGGUCAAUCCCACCAGCAUUGACUCACUCAUAAUUGGGAAAGACCAAGAGGUGAAGCUGCAGCCUGGCCAGGUCCUCCACCUGGUGAAUGAACUUUAUCCAUAUAUCAUAGAGUUUGAGGAAGAGACAAAGAACCCUGGCCUGGAAACACACAGGAAGAGAAAGAGGUCAGGCAACAGUGAUUCUGUAGAAAGGGAUGCUGCCCAGGAAGCUGAGCCCAGUACAAGAUUAGAACCUGGGAGCAAUCCUAGCCAGUGCUCUGUGCCCCCAAAGAAGGGGAAAGAUGCAUCCACCAAAAAGGAAUCAUUGGGCCACUGGAGUCAAGGCUUGAAGAUUUCAAUGGAGGACCCCAAAAUGCAGGUUUACAAAGAUGAGCAGGUGGUGGUGAUUAAGGAUAAAUACCCCAAGGCUCGUCACCACUGGCUGGUCUUACCAUGGGCCUCCAUUUCCAGUCUGAAGGCUGUGACCGGAGAACACCUUGAGCUCCUCAGACACAUGCACACUGUCGGGGAAAAAGUGAUUGCAGACUUUGCUGGGUCUAGCAAACUCCGCUUCCGAUUGGGCUACCAUGCCAUUCCCAGCAUGAGCCAUGUACACCUUCAUGUGAUCAGCCAGGAUUUUGAUUCUCCUUGCCUUAAAAACAAAAAACACUGGAAUUCUUUCAAUACCGAAUACUUCCUCGAAUCACAAGCUGUGAUUGAGAUGGUACAAGAGGCUGGCAGAGUGACUGUCCAAGAUGGGAUGUGUGAGCUCUUGAAGCUGCCCCUCCGUUGUCAUGAGUGCCAGCAGCUGCUGCCUUCCAUUCCUCAGCUGAAAGAGCAUCUCAGGAAGCACUGGCCAAAGUGAUUCUGUGGAGCCUGAACUUCUGCAGCAGGUGUGGCUGAUUGUUUAGACCAAAUUCCUGACACCUGUUCUGGAUUGUGUGUGAACUUUUAUUUCUUGAAUUAAAACAUGCAAUUUUUUUUUCAAA